AUAGAAAUUCUUCUACUAUUGGAAAUUAUUUAGUAAUAUAUUUAUUUUUCUGGUAUCCAAUUUGACUUUCUCAACCUUAGCGACCAUUCCCCAUUCCUUCGGGCAAGAAUGGUAUCACCAAUGUUCGACACACCUGCCCACCAAAUCUUGAAUAAUCCAUCGCGAAUAUCGCAACGGUUGGCAGCCAAAACCACCUACUUUCUGGUGAAGUUUUUCACUGCACUUUUUGUCGCGCAGCCAGCUCUGUGUGCAUGCCAGAGAGUGAUCGAUUAUUCAACACCGGACAAUGACAACAGUCUGUGCUUUGGUACGAUUGGUUCGAGCUGGCUGAAAAUGGUAGGACAAUUUUCGACACCACGCUUAUAAAAUUCCCUAUCCCCGGCACUAUCCGGAGUCAGUUGGAAAAUGGCCUUCGAGCGUUGAAGGCAAUCGGCAGUGUAGCUAGGUAACGGUAGCUGGUGGAAUCGAGGACAGUUUUCUAGGGGACAUUAAACCUGCCAGUGAAAACCAAUCGUUCGCGAUCUUUUAAUAAUGGCUUCUGCCACAAGUGUACGGUCCUUUUCGGGACAGGAGUGGUUUGCGACAGUGUUUCUGCUAAUUGUGCUUAGCAGCAGUGGUGUGCAGUGCUUCGAACGUUUCUCUCCCAUAAAUGAGCUUCUGUUAUCCGAGUUUGAAUACGACACCAAUAUCGAUCGCGAUCUGUUGCCACUCGACGAACGAUCGUACUUUUCUUACGAUGAGCCGCAUGAGUCAACUUUUCACACCGACUACAAUCUGGCUAAUCUGAAGCCGAUUUCACCAACGCCUGGUUUUACGCUCGAUCCCUCCUACAUAUCGCCCGAGGAUAUCGUUCCGGCCCGAGCCAAACGUGCCAAUCUAAGGGAACGAAGGAAACCAUCGACGCACCGCAAACGCGAGCAGGAAAAGGAACUGCUCACCGAUGAGCACGAGGAAGAUCUGGAUGAAGAUGAUGCGGAUGAAAAGGCCAGCGAGCCGGAGGAGAGUACGGACGUGGACGAUUAUGCCGCACGGUACGAGCAGUUUAUUGCGAAACAUUUCGAAGAUCUGGAAAGCAAGCGGAAAAAGUCCGCUCCUCAGCGUAAAGCACCUAAGCCGACCGACAAAGAGGACGACGACGACGGCGAGGAGGAAGAAGAGCAGGACGGUGAUUACCGGUUUGAUCGGGGCGACUACUCCUCCUCGGAGGAUUACGAGCGAAUAAAGGCAGAGUCUGAGGAGCAAAGCCGGCGGUUGGCGAAGGACCCCAGGAACUGCCGCACGUACGAGAAGGACGGUAUGGUGUGUAGCGUGUGUCACGAUCCGGCCAGCGACAGUGCGUCGGAGAGCUGUGCGUACGCUACCGAGCCCCACCAUCGUAAGUAUGCGUACGUGAAGGAACGAAACUACGACAGCAAGAAGGAUGCCGAUCCGAACCGUGCAAAGGCAGAAGUGGACGAGGAGGAGGAGGAGGACGGUGAUGAGGAGCCGGAGCACGCCAGUGCCGAAACACGCCCCGAGCGGCAGACAGAUGGUGCGGGAGACGGGAUUGUAGGUUCCGCCGUACCCACCACACCCUCCAGACGGCGGCUCCCUGCGCAUCCACUGCGCAAGCCGACCCUGCGCUCGAAACCGCACCAGUCGGCGACCAACGGUGGCGGGUAUCGCUACCAGCCGACCGAUCUUCGCUCGAACCGGGCCAGCAUGAAGCUGAAACUAGCAGAGGGCAGUGGGCCGGCUGCCGAUGAUGCCAACAUUUACGUGAUGAACUACGACAACGAGCCGGAGGAGGUGGCAAAGGUGCUGGCCGAGUUUAAGGCGCGCGACUGGUCCAACUGUCGCACGGGUAAGCGGAUGGAGGACGGCGAGCUGACCUGCUACCAGUGCACGGAUGCGGCCGGCGUUAAUCACGAGGAGUGUAUGUACGUUUCAGAGUCCCGCCCGAUCGCGUCCGAACCGGUGCGACCACCGCCCUCGAUGACCGGGAAGCUGCAGCUGCAGCGGCAAGCACACAAGCGCAAGAAGGUUGUGGCACUGUCGCGCAAGGAGCUGGCGGCACUCGAACCAUCGGCAACCAGCGCAGCCGUUGGUGGGCCGGUAAAGGAGAAGCAAACGGUCAAGCGGACGGUUUCGUUCCGCAGCUUCAUCACUGGGUCGGGACGGGGAGCCCCGGGGUCAUCUUCUUCAGCGUAUGUGGCGCAUGCAGGAUCUGACGGUGACGAGCGCGUGAUUCACUACGAGCAUCACAUUUCUCACGAAGUUCCUUGAGGGACGAAGGUGCAAGGAGGACGGAUGGGUAUAGGGAGCCGUAAUGUUUCGCAAAUAAUGUUCAAUGCGCAAUUUAAGUGUUUCUUUUUAAGCCCGAAUAUUUGAAGAAUGUUCUAAAGGAAGAGGCCCGCACAUUGGGAG